CUGUCUGAUUUUGUUUUGGAGGCAGUGCAAGCAGAGAAGCAGGACUCACACCACUGUAUUUAUAUGUUGUGCUCAUCUGGAAGUGAACACCACUAGUCUGUAUAUUCCACUCAUAUAUAAAUGACAACAGCCCUGUGGGAACUUAUAAUUUUCAACAACAGAACGCAUUAAUUGCACAGCGAACACAAUGGCGGGAAUUCUGGAGAAGUUCCAAAGCCUGGGGAAGGGUAAUGGAGUGCGAGCACUUAAGGAUAUGAGCCAUGGAUUAACGGUGAUAAGAGCUGUACCCUAUGUAUAUACGGUGUGCCGGAAAAAGAGUGCGUGCGAUUACUGCCUUCACAGGAAAGAAAAACUUCUGAGAUGUUCGCAAUGCAAGGUCGCCAGGUACUGCAACGCUCACUGCCAGAGAGAAGCUUGGCAAAGUCAUAAAAGGGAAUGCAAAUGCCUCAGAAGUACCUUACCUAAUGUUCCCACGGACUCUGUCAGACUGGUUGGCAAGAUUAUUUUUAAGAUGCUUCAAAACCCAGACGCUACUUCAGAAGAACUGUACACCAUAUCUGAUCUUCAGUCCCAUAUCAAAGAAGCCAGUGAAGAAGUGCAAGAUGGCCUGCGGCACCUCGCUACUGCUCUACAGCUUUACCUGAAGGAGGAAAUUCAAGACAUAUCUCAGCUCCCACCUGGUUUUCAAGCGAUUGAAUACUUCGGCAAAGUGACUUGUAACAGUUUCACUAUUAGUGAUGGGGAGAUGCAAGACGUUGGUGUUGGCCUCUAUCCCAGUAUGUCUUUGCUGAACCACAGUUGUGACCCAAACUGCGUGAUUGUUUUUGAAGGCACAUGUCUGCUUCUCCGCACUGUCAAGGAAAUCCCAAAGGGAGAAGAGCUAACCAUAAGCUACAUUGAUGUAAAAAUGCCCACGCAAGGACGCCGGGACCAGCUACAGCGCCAGUACUCUUUCACGUGUGAUUGUCAUCGAUGCCUGAUAAGAGAUAAGGAUGAGGACAUGCUUGCAGGAGAUGCAGACACUUCAAGAGAGGUGGAAAGAUCAGUAUCCAGACUGGAAGAGCUUCUGUCCCAGAACAAAGCGGAAGAGGCUUUGAACUUGUGUAAGACUUUGAUGAAUAGAUAUUAUCUCCCAGACAAAAACAUUCAUCAGCUUAAAGUUCUUGACUGUGCAAUGGAUGCUUGUAUUAACCUUGGUCUAUGGGAAGAAGCCCUGCAAUUCGGCCUACAGACUUUGGAGCCUUACAGUUUAUAUUACUCAAACUAUCACCCUGUGCGGGCAGUCCAGCUCAUGAAAGUGGGCAAGCUGCAGAACUACCAAGGCCUGUUUACUGAAGCUACAAAAACCCUUAUGCAGGCCUUUGAUAUAAUGAAGGUGACACACGGAAGAGACCACAACCAGACACAGCAGUUGGCAGAGCUUCUGAAUGAUUGUGAAGCCAAUAUGAGAGGAAUGUAGGAAGACUGGAUGCCAGUUCUACUUACUCUCCAAAUCUGCUUCACUACUUAGUGCUGUAUAAUUUCAAAAGCUUUGUUAUAACAUUCACUGGCAAGUAUUGGGAGAGAUAGCUGUCAUUAACAUUAACAUUCCUCUUUGUGCAACUACUACGUUUGACUAAAGGCAAGAGAACAUUUUAGUAUUAUGUUAAUACAUGUGGGUCUGAUUUAUUAAAGGAAUUGUUCAUUGUGAAAAUAAAAACUGGGUAAAUAGAUAGGCUGUGCAAAAUAAAAAAUGUUUCUAAU